UGACAGAACGAUCAAGAACCUAAUCAAAACAUCCGAGAAUUAAUAUCGGACUAUCACAAAUUCAAACUGAAAUCAUCAUUAGGAUCAUUCCUAAUCACAAUGCUAUUUCUAUCACUCUCCACAUGAUCAAAUAUCUCCAAAUUCGUUCUUAUAUCACAAACUAAUCACUUAAAUUCCCGUUAAAUGUUGGCCCUCGGGCCAAAUUCGGACAACAAUAGGGUAGCAAUUAGAUGGCUAAUUUCAAGCUUAAAUGGCUGUCAACAUACCAUAAUUCUCCAGCUAAAACCGGAGCUGCAGGGGGAAGAGAAGCCGGCGGCAAUUUGGAGAAGAAGCUCACGGCCGAAAACAUGCCCAGAAAUCACCCACCCACAAGCUGUAGCUCACGGACAGGGGAAGGGAGAACCGACCAGAUCUGGGUUCCUGCAGAGAGGGAGAGAUUUCUGGGUUCUAAAUCAGGUUCUUGGACAAGAAAAUAAGGGAAAAUCAUCAAGCUUUACCGGUUUUUCAAGGGAGGAAGUCGCCGGCAGCUUGGGGGCUUUGUUCGGCUGCAGCGGGAAAAAGAAGAGCAGAAUCGGGAAAUGGCUGGGGAAGAAAAGAAGGAAAAAGAAAAAGAAAAGAAACUGAUCCUU